GGGAGCGGCGGCGUGCUGUGCCUCAGUUUCCCGGCCCCGAAAGGCGGCCGGGGCCACGUGGGGAAGCGCUCGUUUCUGGCAUCCAGCGGGACGCUGUGUGGAAGGGACAGGUGCGGUUUCUGGAAUUCCCCUUCGGUCCUCGAUGGGUGCGGAGAACGACCGGCACUCCCGAGACCUCACAGCGGGUUCCGGCCGCGCCCCUUCCCGAGGCCGUGACCUUGAGCGAGUCCCCUGCGCCGCUGGGCCCAUGUGCUCCCGCAGGUGAAGUAGUAUUAACGGUUCUUCGUCCGGGUUGAGGGCCCUGGAAAGCCUACGUGGGUGACGUGUGUCCCCCGGUGUCCCGCAGGGCUCUGGGGGCUCUUUCCACGGAGAUGCCUCCUGAGCCUGUGUUGAUCGCGGAGGCGCGACCCGGCGGGAGUCCGACUCUUGCGCCUUGCCUGCUUCUAGCCUCUACCAGGCUAGGGCGGGGGUGGAGAAUGGGGACGCAGUUUCUGGAAUUGCCGCUGUGCUUGGGCGGAGAGGUGGAAGCCUCUCCUGGCUGAGAGCCAGGGCGGCCAAGGAGUUUCCGUUCACAGCACACGGAACCGGCUUUCCCUGACAGUACCGGACCUGUUUUCUUAUCGAAGACAUUCAGUUAGCUUUGACCAGGGAGUCCAUCCACACGGUCAGUGCCAAUCGUGUGCGGGCGUGGGAUGUCCCCUUGCACGCACAUGCACAGGGAGCUCCGGGGACGCGCUAGCAGUCGCCCCAAGCCCCCCCUUCAUGGCCUAGACCGUUGUCAGCACAUGUCUUCCUCCCAUCCGCAGGGCGCCGCCCCUCACUUUUAUUUCAGACCCACCCUGUUGCCCCGUGCGAAGUUCACUAUCAUCUCUUCAGUCUUCUUGCUCCAUUGUUUUGUCUUUGGAAUCUUUAGGGCCCUCUGACAUGGUCUUGCUGAUUUUAGUUGCUUGUUCAGGAUCUGUUUCCAGCCCCGGAUCGUGAGCGCCUGUUGCUGCUCUAUGCCAAGACCUAGAACGGCCUGGGCUUGUAAAAGGUACUCAAUAAAUGGUUGAAUGAGUGAAUGGGUCUCCCGCCCAGGGGCUCCCAUCAUACUUGUACUAAAUGCACACAAACCCCACCGUGGCCUUCAGGGCUGUGCUGGAUCCGCAGGGGAGACACCUCCCGGCUCCUCCCCUUCCCUUCUCCUGCUCAGCGCACCCGGCUGGGUGGUGCUGAACUUGCAAAGUCUUUCCUAUUUUGCAGCCUUCCUCCUUGCACUUCCCUUCAUCAGACAGGCCUCUGCAGGGCUGUCUCUCCUGUGCAUCAGUGUCACCUACUACAAGAGCCUUUUCCUGGUUGUUUUAAUUCUGGCGAAGGUGCCCCUGGCCCCCACCUGCCUGUUUUCUGGAGACAGUGUCAUCUUUUGCCAGAUGUUCUGAUCCUGUCUCUAAUGUGAGAUUGCGGGCUUUCUAGAGCUGCCUAAGCCCCAGGCUGCGGGCUGUGACAUGGACGUGAUAGUGGCAUUUACGUUAUGGGCUGUGGGAGGAUUAGGAAAAGUCACAAAAUACAUUGAACGCAUUCGACCCUGGGCACUCGAGUGUCCACAUGUAAACCUUUUCGUUUUAGUUCUCAGAACUGCCUGGUGAAGUGGGAAUGAUUAUGGUAUCGAUGUGGAAACCAAGGCUUAGAAAAAUGAGGUGAUGUCCUCCCCACGGUCACAGCUGGUUUUGGUUACCUUUAAGGACGUGGCUGUGACCUUCACCCAGGAAGAGUGGGGACAGCUGGAACUGGACCAGAGGGCCCUGUACCAAGAGGUGAUGCUGGAGACCUGUGGGCUUCUGGUCUCACUGGGGCACGCAGUCCCCGAAGCAGAGUUGACGCACCUGCUGGAACAUGGGCGGGAGCUGUGGACUGGAAAGGGAGGCCUCUUGUGGAGCACCUGCCCAGGUGACAGCGCCAGACUUCGGACCAGAGACCCAAGCGCUUGUCAGCCGGUUUUGUCUGCGGGAGCCUGGCUCCGGGGAAGCCUGGCCCAGGGACCUUCAAGGGCCUCCAGGUUGGUGCAGGCCAGGGAUUGGGAAGGGCCUCUGGAAACGCAGAAAGGUCGACUGACGCCUGGGAGGGAGGCUCACAAGACCCACCUUGAGAGAAUGAACCUUGAAGAUGACGGUUUGGGGACAGAGGACGAUCUGCACCUCCAGGUGCUGCAAAAGAGAGUCUCUCCGGGAGAGGUGCUCUGUGAGCGGGACCCACAGGGACCGGACAGAGGCUGCGCGCUUCGUGCGGGGAGUGACCUCUACAAAUGCAAGCAGUGUGGGAAAGGUUUUAACCGCAAGUGGUACCUCGCGCGGCAUCAGCGGGUCCACACCGGCACAAAGCCCUACGAAUGCAACGCGUGCGGCAAAGCCUUCAGCCAGAGCUCGACCCUGAUCCGGCACUACCUCAUCCACACCGGGGAGAAACCAUACACGUGCCCGGAGUGCGGAAAGGCCUUCAAACGCAGGUCCUACCUCCUGCAGCACCGGCCGGUCCACACCGGGGAGAAGCCCUACGAGUGCGCCCAGUGUCGGAAGGCCUUCGCCCACCGCUCCACUUUCGUCCGGCACAGCCGCACCCACACGGGAGAGAAGCCCUUUGAGUGCAGGGCCUGCGAGCGGUCGUUCGGCAACCGAGCGCACCUGAUCCAGCACUAUGUGGUGCACACGGGGCAGAAGCCGUACGAGUGCGCCGAGUGCGGCAAGGCCUUCCGCUGCGGCGCGGAGCUCCUGCAGCACCGGCGCGUGCACACCGGGGAGAGGCCUUUCGCGUGCGCCCAGUGCGGGAAGGCCUUCCACCGCAGCACCUACCUCCUGCAGCACUCGGUCAUCCACGCUGCGGAGGCGCCCCACCGCUGCCCCCAGUGCGGCAAGGCCUUCAAGCGCCGCUCACACCUGCUGCAGCACCGGCGGGUGCACCCCUGAGGGGGCCCCUCGCGCCCUCCCCCUGUGCCUCUGCCCGCCCUCCAAGAGGGGUCCCCAGCGGGAAGCACCGCUCACCGUGCAGAACGGCGGAGAGAUUUGCUUGGCCCUCAGCCGCGUGAGCGGCCCCACCGGGCAUGGGCCGCGUGCGGGCGGCCCCCCACCAUCGGACUGGAGCGGCAAACUGUGGGGGGCAGGGCACUCGGGCCGCCUCUGUCGGGGACGCACCGCGGAAGGAUGUUCCUGGCACAACCUAGGGGCCUCUAGCCAGAAGGGGCACCUUCCCUGCCAUUGGAGAAUUCAGAACGAACGGGAGACGUCAAUGUCGUUGCUGUGAGAAAACCCAUGACACGUGGGCGGACACUGCAGGGGCCCUCUGGUGCCCGUGAAAUGGCUGAGGGACAGGACAGGGGGUACUGUGCACUUACACGGACGUCGGCCACAAGUCUGCCACUUAGCCACCUCGGCAUUGCUUUUAAAAGAAUAAAAAGGGGUGGAAACAUAGA